AUAAUGGGAGCCAGAGCUUUGCGUGCUAGGCUGAUGGAAAGGGAAAAAAAGAAAGAAAACAAAGAAGUUGUUUUAUAUUUUCUGUGAUUGACUAUUCAGCUAGUUAUACAGCUAUAAUCAUAGAAAACUUUAAAACGUUUUUUCAUCCAAAAUAGCGAGCCAGCUAGUGCACAAGCUGUGUAUAAUUAAGUAAAGAAACUUUUAUAAUGAAGAAAUACAAAAGUUUAGAAGAAUUUAUUCAUAUCCAAGAAGAACUGUUGCAGCUAGAACAAAAUGCUGAAGUACAAGAGAGGCACAUGCUUUACGAGAAUUGUAGUGUCAAAGAAUUGGAGAAAAGAGGUGUAUGUGUUCGAUACUUAACAGUUGAUCACCAAAAGACAGGAAUGUAUGGUCGAUUUCUUGUGAAAUUUAUUUUACCGACUUUAAAAUGCAUAACAGCAAAGGAGGAUGUAUCAGCAGCAGAUUGUAUAACUACUCAUAAAUUAACCCCAGGAGAUAUUAUUGGACUUUACCCAAAUAAAUCAGAAGGUAUUGAACCUCUUUCCACAGGUGUUGUAACUAACGCUCGUCGUGAUACUAUCUCAGUUGCUUUCAAUGAAGAUUUUGACACAAAUACAUGUCAUAUGUAUAAAAUGAUGAUUUUGACAAAUGACAUUACAUAUAGACGUUUGAAAAGCGCUUUAGCGUCCCUAAAAAGAAUUUCAUCACCUGCACCUUGUCUACACCUUGUUGAUCUACUCUUUCCAUGUCAAGUUGCGGGAAACUCAGCACAGUCAACUAAUCCAAUGCCAAUCAAUUUUUUCAAUGAAAAGCUUGAUGAUUCUCAAAAGAAAGCUGUUGAAUUUGCUUUAACAACAUCUUCACCCAUCUGUGUCAUUCAUGGACCACCUGGAACUGGCAAGAGUACCACAGUUAUUGAGGUCAUUCAACAAGCUGUUAAAGUACAUUCAAUGAAGGUGCUGGUAUGUGCUCCCUCAAAUAUUGCUAUUGAUAACUUGGUAGAAAAACUUGCAAGCAAGAACAUAAAUAUUGUUCGACUUGGUCAUCCAGCUCGUGUUUUGAAAGAAGUUCAGAAGCUAUCCCUAGAUGCUAUAUUAACUAGUAGAGACUCAAGUGACAUAAUUAAAAAUGUGCGAGCAGAUAUAUCAUCAACUAUUGGUAAAUUUAAGAAAUGUAGAGGUGAUGCUGAGAUACACGCCUUGAGAAGAGAAAUGAAAGACCUGCGAAAAGAAUUAGUUGAUAGAGAAUCAAAAGCUAUUAAGGAAGUACUUAGUAAUGCAAACGUUAUUUUAUCCACCACGACUAGUGCGUCAAAAGAUGGUCCACUAAAACAUUUGCCAAUCGACCAUUUUGAUUUGCUUGUUAUUGACGAGGCAGCACAGGCUAUGGAAAUUAGUUGCUGGAUCCCUUUGCAAAGUGUAUCAAGAUGUAUUUUGGCUGGCGAUCAUAAACAACUCCCUCCAACUAUCAUAUCAAAAAAAGCUGCAAAAAAGGGUCUCGAAGUUACGCUUCUGGAAAGGGUUGUCAAAGGUGUAGGAGAAAAUGUUGUAUGUAUGCUGACAACUCAAUAUAGGAUGCAUGAAAAGAUUAUGAGGUGGCCAUCGAAGAAAUUGUAUCAUGACAGAUUAACUGCAUCACCAAGUGUUGCUACUCAUCUACUUUCUGAUUUGGAAGGCGUUGAAAAUAUACCAGAGACAAACGAACCUGUUAUUUUUGUUGAUACUGCAGGAUGCAGUAUGUACGAGCUGCAAUCAGAUGAAAAGCAAUCAAAAGGAAAUAACUGGGAAGUUGAUAUACUUUCUCACCAUGUUGAUACUCUUGUCAGUGCUGGUGUCAAAAUGAUGGAUAUAGGUGUCAUAACACCCUACAAUCUUCAGGUUGAUUGCUUACACAAAGCUAUUCAUCCCAACCACCCUCUUGUGGAAAUACAUUCUGUUGAUGGUUUUCAAGGACGUGAAAAAGAGGCCAUACUAAUAUCUAUGGUUCGUUCAAAUGACAAUGGUGAGGUUGGUUUUCUUGCAGAAGACAGGCGUAUCAAUGUAGCAAUUACAAGAGCAAGGCGACAUUUAUUUAUGGUAGCAGACUCUUUUACUAUUUCCAAACAUCCAUUUCUUGCCUCUUUAUGUGAAUAUUUACAGCAAAACUGUGAUGUUAGAUCAGCGCAAACCAAUGACAACAUCGCUGUAUCUUCCAUUGUGAUGUCAACUGAGAAAUUUGAACUGCCAAAAGAGAUGUUAAAUAUGAAUAAAAACAAUGGUGAGUUAUGUAAAGAAGCAUCACCAUGUAAAAUUGAGCCAAAAAGCCCUGUUCAUGUUGAUGAUAAAACAAAAAGAGGACCGAAAAUAGCAGAAGUUAAAAGAAAAACACAAAAAGAAGAUGAAAAUGUGAAUUUAAAAAUACAAGAUAAAAGACAUCAUUUUGAAGAACAAAUAAGUAAUUUUGUGAAAUCAAACAAUUUAACCCUUUCGUUUCCUAGUCACCUUUCUUCGAAAGAAAGACUAAUGGUGCACGAAAUUGCAGAAGAACUGCAACUUCACCACUCUAGUGAAGGUGAAGGAAACUUGAGAAGAAUUGUUGUACGUAAACAGCCAGUUGUUUUAGAAGCAGUUCAACCCGAAAUUCAACCAGUUCAUACUAAGUGUCAUAUUUGUUCAGUUAUCGUGCCUACAUCCAAUUUUGAUUUGCAUGUUUUACGUUGUAAGAAACAAAGCUUGUCAAGGAAAGAACAUGAUGUUCAAAGCCCAACUAAGAAGACAACAAAAAAGAAGAAACAAAAAAAGAAAAGUGAAGAAGAAGAUAUUGAUGCUUUGCUGGAGUCCUUCUCAAAGGAGAAUUCAAAAUGCGUUUUUUCCAAAUGUCCAAAAAGUAUUAAAACUCUCGGUCAAAAAUGUCAAUUUUGUCAACAAAUGUUUUGCUUGUCUCACCAUAUGGCUGAAAUUCAUGGUUGUGGAAAUGCAGCCAAAGUUAAAGCACGGCAAGAUAUUUCUAAAUAUCAAGGUUCCAAACCACAUUCAAUGAACAAUAUAAAAAAAGCACAGCUUCAAAGAAAGCUGGAUAAUAAACUGAAUAAUAUGGAAGAUGAAAGGAAAAAAAAAUCUAAGGACUCAAAGAAGUAGAAAUUUUUUUGCAUCUGUUGUUAUUUAUAUUAUUAUUAUAUUUUUUAUGCGUUUUAUACAGAAGAAUUGCGGCAUCAACAGGCUUUAUUAUAAAGAAUCACUUAAAUUACCCUAUUACAGUGGCUGCUGGAAUAGUUAAACAUUUUGUGCAAUCUCCUAAAAAAAGUCCUCCGCAAUCGUUGAUGCAGUUGCUAAAGGAAAAAUUAUUUUGUGUUUGUAAAAUAAUGCUAAAGAUUUGUUUCUCAACAUAUAAACUAAGUAUUAUAUCAAUUUAAUCUAAGGUGUUGCAUAACAGUGAAUAAAGGAUAACAAUCUUUUCACUAUUUUUCAACCAAUAAAAAGUGUCAAGAAUUGAGUUAGGGAAAAAUCCAUUGCAAAAUUUUUUUCAUACUUCCCUAACUAAAUUCAUAGUUAGUGUGCUCGAAAAUGUUUAAAUAAUUUUAUUAUCAUCGCUAUUUUAGCGUUGUUUGCUUGGCAUUCUUGUUGAUGAGGAAAAUCACAAUAUAUUAAUUACCGAACAUUGAAACAUUUUUUUUUAUUUUAGACUAAACGCUCCUCUGAAAAACUUAACGUUUAACGUCCAAAUGUUUUGAUUCUCAGAAAUUCUUGUGUCUGAAAUGUUGAAUAGAAACACCAAGAAUCAUUUGUGUGCAAAUAAACGUCAUUGCCAUCGGAGGAAAAUAGCAUACAAACAAGGCGGAAUUUUAUACAUUAAAAAAUGUUCAAGCCUUCGUUAUGUUCCCACAUCUCUAUUAAACUCUCUUUUAAGAGUAAUAGAGUAAAUAUUGUGUUAAUUUUUGAUUGCGAUAAUGUGAUCCUAGACAGUUUAUGGAUAAAAGAUACUGCAACAAGAAACAUUGC